CUUUAUUCGAUCUCACCGGCCCUUUAGACCUUGGGCUAAGCGUAUACUACCCUAUAUCUCUUGGUUUUAGCCGAGUACCCCACGGAUCAGUGUCGUGGUUGGUGCAAGAUGUUGCAAAGUGGACAUGGUUGAAUAGGUCAGCCAGGUCGCAAGGUCCUCAGCCAACCAGUUACAGGUGAAAAUUUUCUUGCUCUUCUUUGUAGGCUGAAAUAAUCAUAAAUAGCCAGCUACCUAGAUGGAAGCUCUUCCUCUCUUGAUUUGUCCCUCUCUCUUCGCAUACUUAUCAGUAGACGUGUGCCUCAGAACCCGAUCAUCCUUCUCGACCUUUCUUCGUCGACACUGAAUCCAUUAUGGCGAGUUCCGACACCUUCGACCCUAAUAGUGUUAAUCUCACUACUGCCGACCCAGCAGAGAUCAUCUGUUAUAUCAAUGCCGGAGGCAACGAGUAUAACGGGCAUAUGGGAGCUCGCAUCUCUUCGGUUUUCGUUAUCCUGAUCUGCUCUACGCUGGCAACCUUCUUCCCAGUCGUGGCGAGCCGUGUACCUCGUAUGAAGGUUCCUGUCUAUGUAUACCUCUUUGCACGCUAUUUUGGUACUGGUGUCAUCUUGGCCACUGCGUUUGUUCACUUGCUCGACCCUGCAUACCAAGAGAUCGGCCCAGCAUCCUGUGUGGGUAUGACCGGAAACUGGUCCCAAUACUCAUGGCCGCCGGCAAUUGUCCUUGCUUCUAUUACCGUCAUUUUCCUCAUGGAUUUUGGUGCGGAACUCUACGUUGAAUCUAAAUAUGGGGUGACCAGGGGCGAUGAACGGACGACGAUUGUUAGCGAGCACGACCACCCUGUCGACCAACCAACGAAGGAUCUGCCCCAGUCGCUUUCAGGGAAACUGAAUUAUGCUGAAGAGAGUGAUCAAGACUCACUCACUGCCGAAAAAUCCUUCCGUCAGCAGAUUGCGGCUUUCCUAAUUCUCGAGUUUGGUGUUAUGUUCCACUCCGUCAUCAUCGGGCUGAAUCUCGGUGUUGCAGGCGACGAGUUCAAGACCCUAUACCCUGUGCUAGUCUUCCACCAGAGCUUUGAGGGUCUGGGUAUUGGCGCUAGGAUGUCGGCGAUCCCUUUCAAGCGCAACAGCUGGUUGCCCUGGUUUCUGUGCCUUGCUUAUGGACUGACCACCCUAUCGCCAUCGCCAUCGGCCUGGUCAAUGACGGCCAAUAUCGUGUCUGGUGUUUUCGACUCUAUCUCUGCUGGCAUCUUGAUCUACACGAGUUUGGUUGAGCUAUUAGCACGCGACUUCUUGUUCGACCCUUGCCGGACAAACGACCGUCGUCGUCUGGGGUUCAUGAUAAUUUGCACGUUGUUGGGUACCGGUAUCAUGGCUCUCCUUGGAAAAUGGGCGUAAUCAGUUUCUCUGAGGCUGCAAAACGGUGAACUAUGUUUGCAGUUCUGGUAAUAGAUAAAUUUCCGAACCUAGGUAUCAUUGUAGGUGAUUGAUAGAUAGAGUAUUUCUUA